GCGAGCGUACGAGGCAACGAUACUCCACUGUGCCCUUUCUGCAUCUCGCAGCUGACGUUGAGCAGGCACUCUGUUUAUUCGGCGCACAGUUCCUCUCUACAAGUUAAUGCUGCCUGGGUAUAAAAUGAAUCCUUCAACAGUUAUCAUGCUUCUUUCGCUAGCAGCGACUGUCCUUCUAGGAGAAGGUCAAGAUUUACCUGAAAGACAGCCACAUUUGGGCGUUUAUCAAGAUGAAUCAAAGUGCUUCCCAUUUCAAGGAACCUUGUACCUGAUCUACAGAAACUUUGAAGAGGACAAGUAUGUUGGGGGCAAAGCGGCAUGCGUUCGUGGCAGCCAAUCCGGCGACGCUGUAGACGGCGCCAUUCCAAUGUUGAUUGAGUUCGGUGAAGGCGAAAAGCUGGAAUCGACCUUCACACUAAUGUCAUCACCUGGCUAUAAUGUCUCGAAUGUCAUAAACAUCACGCCUAAAGACAAUCCGAAUGAUGCGUUCAACUUGACUGCUGCAUUUUGUGACUGCGCGCAAUGCAAGGUUCUCCGACAUAGCUACAUUGACAAUGGCGCAGGCUGCAGUUACUGGGUGAAAGACCAGGCUCUUAACGAACCGAACACUUGUUGCCAGUUCGUGUAUGCCCUCUUGUGUGGCACGAAGAAAUACCAAGUAUACGAAGACGGCUGCUAGAAAAUCCAGUCCUUGUUGCGAAUACCAUAACUAGCAUUGAAAAAUUCUGUUCUAACUCUGCGUAAUAUAGUAAAAAUAUGUCAUACCUGACCAAAUAAAAUGCAUCUCAUCUGCGUGGGUCAUGUUACAGAAAGUA